AAGUAGAUGAUUUAUUGGAGCAGCCAGCAACAACAACAACCGUGAAGAAACGAGUCAGCUAUAGUCUAUGAACAGAAAAAGAAACAAACAAACAAGGAAGGAAAAGAAAGGAAAAGAAAAGAAGCAGCCAGAACAAGAAAAGCAGAUCAAAAGAAGAAGCUAACACCACUCAUUCAGCUUCAACAGAAAAGUGAAAUUAUUUGGUAUUUUGUCAAUCAAUCUUUCAUCAAAGUUUUGUUCUUUAGUUAUCAUCCUCCUCCUUCACAUGGGUCGCCUUAUUUUCUUUCUCAUCAUUCUCACCUUCUUUACAUUAUCUUUCCUCUCAGAGGUACAGUCAACAUCGUUCAAGAUUGUAAACAAGUGCCGUCACACAAUAUGGCCAGGAUUACUCUCCGGCGCCACCUCUCCGCCGCUACCCACUACCGGAUUCGCUCUUAAAAGCGGAGAGUCAAGGACUGUUAAAAUCCCGAAAGCUUGGUCGGGUAGGUUAUGGGCUCGGACUCUCUGCGGCCAUGGCUCCGACGGACAAUUCUCCUGUGUCACCGCUGACUGUGGUUCUGGUAAAGUAGAGUGCGCCGGCGGUGGGGCUAAACCUCCGGCAUCAUUGGCGGAGUUCACCUUAAACGGAGCUGACGGGUUGGAUUUCUACGACGUGAGUUUGGUCGACGGUUAUAAUCUUCCGAUGCUGGUUGUGGCUAAAGGCGGCACUAGGGGAGGCUGCAGCCCUACUGGGUGUCUUGUUGAUCUUAACGAAGGUUGCCCAGCGGAUCUUAAGGUGGCGCGUGGUAAUGGGAGUGGUGAUAACGUUGCGUGUAGAAGCGCGUGUGAAGCUUUUGCGGAUCCUCGUUAUUGUUGUAGUGAGGCGUACUCUACGCCUGACACGUGUGCUCCUUCUGUAUACUCGCAGUUUUUUAAGCAUGCAUGCCCACGCUCGUAUAGCUACGCGUAUGAUGAUAAGACUAGCACAUUCACGUGUGCCUCCGCUAAUUAUUUGAUCGUGUUUUGUCCCUUGCCUUAUACAAGAUGGUGCGUUAAAGGCAUGAACUUCAAGAACAACCCCCGCCACUAUCUCCAAGGAUACCGGUUCCAAAUUGAUCACAUGUGGCUGGAUCAGUUUAUUUGGAGCCCGUAUCUAGGAUUUGCGUCCCCACGACAUGAAGAUAGUUUGAUUGGAGCGCAAGAACGUAUAUAAUUUGUUUCCAUCUUAUUGAAAUGCAUCAAAGUGAUCGAGUGAAACUUCAGUUUGACUAUCUACAAAAUAUACAUGAUACACCAAUGUGCCUCAAAGAACAUCACAAGAUGAAAACAAACAAAUCCCGCUUAACUGCAUGGACUGAACUAUACCGCGACGAACAACAAUGUUGGACAGAUAGGGAAUCCUAUACGUUGGAGGGAACACAAUUACAAGAGGAGACAAAACCAUCAACAGAGUACAUGCAAUGGUAUAGGUCGCUUCCAUUCAUAUAUGCAUCGUACGAACACUUUCUCAUUGACCCGCGUUCAAUUCCAAAUUCAACAAACCAUUCAAGUGGGUCUCAACAACAACCACCUCAACCCCAACUCUUUCAACAACAACCUCAACAUCAAACCUUCCAACCUCAACCCCAACCCUUCCAACAACAACAUCAACCCUUCCAACAACACCAUCUUAACCCAAAUUAUUCCCAACAACAUACUCCUAACCCUUACAUUGACCCACAAUACUCUUCCUACACCCCAUCUCACUCUCAAACAAAUUAUAACUAACAAACCUAACACCAACAGACCUAUAUUCGUCCACCCAUGCAAUUCACACCUAUCCCGCAUCCAAACUUUGAUUCCCCUUACAUCCAACAAAACCCUUCAACCUCAUACACCCAACUACCCACCACUUCCUACAUCCCAACCGUGACCCACCAUGAUCCGCCGCACACACAAUCCAUCCCAAACUUAAACUUCUAUCUUAAUGUCAGUGAUUAUGAAAUGUUAAGUCAAAUUUGGUCACCUCCAACACAAGAGGACCUUGCUCCAACUGAAGAAGAAGAACAAUUGGGUCGUGGUCUUCGUGCGCGACGACCACCUCACUGUGGUACCCAUGGUUAUUUGGAUCAUCACUGAUUUUUUAUUUGUAUGAAAUGAAAUGUAUGAAAUUUCGUAUUAAUAUUAUUAGUAUUAAUUAUGUUUAAUAAUAUUUGUUUUUAAAUUAA